GUAAUCUCCUUCACCCUCGGAUUCGCUUCCCCUUCUCCUCUUACCUGUUCCGGUCAGUGAAAUCCAUUCUGGAGCUGCUGCGGAUAGCGGAAGGCUGGAAAAAACGAGAAGAAUGGAGUGGAUCCACUCUAACUUGCGCUGGUGGUUGGUUGACCACCCAGUGGUGAGCAAUUUCGAGUGGAAAGAAGGCCAGACAUGGGGCGCCUCUUCUCAGUUCGUCGCCACCACAGUCCUCACGUACCUCUCCCUCACCACCGUCCUCCACCUCAAAACAACCUCCGCCACCCCCUCCACGUCACCCACUCCUCUCUUCCUCCGCCUGAUCUCCGCCGUCCACAACCUCAUUCUCCUCCUCCUCUCCAUCAUCAUGGCCAUCGGAUGCACCCUCUCAACCGCCUCUCAAAUGAAGGAUAUCCGUUGGAUCUUCUGCUUCCCUCCUAAUACCCCACCUAGUGGACCCAUCUUCUUCUGGGCCUACAUCUUCUACCUCUCUAAGUUCCUUGAAUUCAUCGACACAGUCCUCAUCCUCCUAUCACCUUCAACAAACAGACGGCUCACGUUCCUCCACGUUUACCACCACGCGGUGGUGGUGGUGAUGUGUUAUCUCUGGCUUCACACCUCGCAGUCUCUUUUCCCUGUGGCUCUGGUUACGAACGCCUCUGUUCAUACGGUGAUGUAUGGGUAUUAUAUGCUGUGUUCGAUUGGAAGACGACCGUGGUGGAAGAGAUUGGUAACAGAUUUUCAAAUCUUGCAGUUCGUGUUUAGUUUUGGGGUUUCGAUGGUGAUGCUUUGGUUCCAUUUCAAUGGUGGUGGUGGUGGUGUAUGUUGUGGGAUUUGGGGUUGGUGCUUUAAUGCUGUGUUUAAUGCUUCUUUGAUGGUUCUGUUUGUUGAUUUCCAUUCUAGGAAUUAUGCUGGAAGAAGGAAGAGAGAGAAGGACAAAAAGUCCUGAUUCUUGAUCUUGAAUCUCUCUGGGUCUUGUACCCAAAAAAAUCUUGUCGAUUGAUAGGAGAAUGUUGCAUUAGUUGAUUCUGAUUUCUAUGGUUUUAUAUGAAAAUUCCAAGUGGCAGAUCAUAUGAGGUUCAAAUUGUAUAAGAAAUGUACCCCUAAUUCUUUUUUAUCUGCUA